CGUGAAACCUUCCCACCAGAGGACCGGGUCCUGAUGCGUGUAGUCAUCGAACUUCUCAAUUUGAAAAGUUGGCAUCUUGUAAUGAUGUGUGUUGUUGCCAUUCUUGUUAGGCAACUGCAGUUGCUGGACGUAGGUCUUCAAGGUAUCCAGCUGAUUGCUGAUGGUGGUCGGCUCAGCGAAGGUGCUGAUGUCGCCGAGCAUUGCGACGACGUGGUCGACGCGUUCCUCCAGUUGGCGGUUAGAGGGUCCACUGCUGGACACACCAGCAUCUGGUCCUGGUACAGCUUGCUCCAGGUCCAGUACACGGGAAUUGAGUGCCCGUGUAGCAUCCUCGUGGCUCUGCACUGUCCGACGGAGACAGCGAAAAGAGAGGAAAGGGAGAGAGUAGGUGUGCUGUUUGCGAGUGUGAGAAGGGGCAAGAGGAGUGUUCGUCCAAACGUCAGGGGAGAGCGGACCCCUCUUGAGAGUUCUACUGACACCCCUUCCUCCAGCAUAGCGGUCAUCACAUCUGACCAAUGGCAGGUCAUGCUGGAUGCAGCAGACGAGAGCCAGAAACCAUUCUUUCAAAAACUAUAUGAUGAUGCCGUGCAGAGGGAAAGGGAGGCAGCGGCAGCAGCUAGAGCCGCCGACAUUGCUGAUCAAGUGGCUCUCCUUCGGAUCCCGGAAGCCAAUGCUGACCGGUUCCGGGAGGAACUAGCUGCUGAUGUCGCAGCCUUGGUCCGACUGCGGAACUUGAAAGAUCUCGAGUCCCGUGUGACAGCACUUGAGCAGUGGAACCAAGAGCUGCAGGCUAAGGUGGGCAACCAAGAGGUUGUCACUUCCACUCAUGCUGUCAAAGGUGUGCGCAUCACCUUUGACAAAGAUCGCACUGUCACACAUGAGCUGAAUUUCUAUGUCCUGGACAAGUGUCCUUUCGACGCGGUCAUUGGCUUGGGAUGGCUAAAGGCUCAUUGCCUAAGGACCACGUGGGCGGACAACCAGUUUGUGGUGCUUGACGCCAAGGGGAACGAGCGUACUGUCUUGCUAGAUAAGACGCGCGAGUCCCCUGUGACUCUUCUCAGUGCUAACAAAUUCUGCAGUCAUCCUGUGCUCCGCAUUGCGGAUCCCAACCUCACGUUCGUAGUCACUACGGACGCGAGCCAGUUUGGGAUUGGUGCAGUGCUGCAACAAGAUGAUGGCGAUGGCCUGCGUCCACUUGAAUAUUACAGCAAACGCAUGCCCAACCACAAGGUAGCCACUUCCACAUACAUGCGGGAGCUCUACGCCUUGCGCGAGGCGCUCACGCAUUGGAAACACUAUCUCUCGGGUCACCACUUCAAGGUCUACUCAGAUCAUCAGACCUUGCAGUGGAUUAAGACACAAACCGAUCUUUCUCCAACGCUGACCCACUGGUUGCAUGAUAUUGAUGUCUUCAACUUUGAAUUGAAGCAUAAGAAAGGCUGCUAUAAUCGUGUUGCCAAUGCUCUAUCGCGCCAUCCUGAGUAUUUGACUUGCCCGGUAGAUUCGUACGACCUCCGAGGGAAACUGAAGGAGGAUCUGAUCGAACACACCGCCAAGGAUCCGGACCUUAGUCCCAUCCUUGGGCAGCUCAAGGCUGACCCCAACAGCCAGCCUGAUUUUCAUGAAUGCGAUGGGCUUGUAUUCCGCCGGUACGGGAAAUUUGAUCGCUUGUGUGUUCCUAACCAUGCGCCUCUCCGGACUUAUUUCCUGGAUUUGGCACAUGGUCGGAGUGGGCAUUUCGGCUUUGAGAAGACUUAUGGGAGUCUUCUCCAGCAGUUUGAUUGGUCGGGGAUGAAGGGAUCUGCUCAGAAAUUUAUUGCUGAAUGUCAAGUCUGUCAGAGAACCAAGGUCCACAGGCAUAAGCCUUAUGGCUUGCUGAGACCUCUCCCAAUCCCUGAUGGCCCUGGUGAAUCGGUUUCUAUCGAUUUCACGGACAUGGGGAAGGUGAGUACGGCAGGGAAUUCACAAGUCAUGGUCAUUGUGGAUCGCUUCUCUAAGUUUCUGAAUCUGAUUCCUCUACCUCCUCAUGCACCGACUGAACUGGUGAUCGAAGAGUUUCACCAACAGUACAUUCUGCAGUAUGAGCCCCCGAGAACUCUUGACUUGCAUAAAGUAAAGGGGCUGUACAACAACUCCAUCCAUUCUGCAACCGGUGUGACACCAAACCAGUUGCCGUAUGGAUGGCCAAUGCGCAAUCCCCUUUCCUACCUGUUCCCAGAACGGUCACCUGGUCUGAUGCCCGACAUGCCUGGCUACAAUGCCAAGUACGCACGCUUGCUCAAAGUUGUUACUGCAGCCAUGAACAAGCGUCAGCAUGCCAUGAUCAAACAUGCUAACAAGCUGCGCAGGGAAGAAAAGUUCAAAGUUGGGGAUUAUGUUUGGGUCAAAAUGUCUGAGUUUUCUGAUGAAGAGGGCGUGUCACGAAAGCUUCUUCCACAGUACUACGGCCCUUGGCAGAUCCUGAAGGUAAUUGGGGAUGAUUUCGGUCCUUCGUAUGUGAUUGACGUGCCUCCUCAUCUGCGCACCUAUCCAGUCUUCCAUGCCUCCAAAUUGUUCCCACACAUUGAUGAUGAGACCUUUCCCUUCCGAGACCCUAUGAUACCUCGUCCUAUUGACGGUGGCCAUGAGAUUGACAGAAUCGUUUCUCACGAAGGGAGAGGGAGGAACAAACAGUACAAGGUUCACUUCCUCCACCAUCCGUUGAACGAAUUCUUCUGGAUCGACCGGAAAGAGCUGCUGAAGAGUGGUCCACGUGUUGUGAACGCAUAUAAACGACAGAUUGUUGAUGGACAGACCGCUAAGUUUGCUGCAAAACUCACUCCGUUCGCCGCCAACCCAAGUUCAGGACAGCGGGAGUCAACUCCAAAGUUCGAUGGUCAAGAGAUCUUCUGCGAUUCGACGAAGACGGACCCGAUUCCGUGGUUCCGCAAGUUUGAACUCACGUUGCAGCUCCAUCUCGUCAGCGAAUACAAGCACCACACGUACUUAUACUCCCGGUCGGGAGGCGAAUGUCAAGCGUGGAUGAGCAAUCUCUUGUCCAAGUACAGGGUGAUCGCUGCAGAGUUGCACACCAAAAUCAGUUGGGAUGAUCUAAAGGCGGCAUGGCAUAAGCGGUUCCAAGUAGAGCUGCCAGAGAUCAAGGCAAUGGACAAGCUAAUGGUCUUCGAACAAGGCACGCUGCCGAGUACCGACUGGAUUGCCGAGUACCAACGCUUGACAUCCGUCCCGGACAUUCAAAUGGGCUUCAAAGCCAUCCACCACUACUUUAUCUCAAGGUCGUGUCCGACAUUGAGCAAUGCCUUGACUCACGUCGAGGACACACUGACGACAACGGCGAAACUAUUUGACAAGGCCACACAGAUUAUUGUCACGAACGAGGAGACUAAGAACCUGCGUUCGUCUGCGGCAGGCCCGAGCAGAGAUCAGUAUCGGCCGAAAGUGGCCGUGAUCGCGGCGGCAAUGCCAUUUGACCAAUCUAGCGAGGCCGUGUCUGCCAAUGAAGGGGAUAAACUCGCAGCCGCCCGGGAAGGUGGCCGCCCCGACAAAGGCCGAGGAUGUGGCAAGGCGAAGACAAACACCGCAUCUAGCCCCGGGCCCGACGCAGCAGCUCCAGCCCCAUGGUCCCAAUACUGUUACGGACUCCGCUAGGGCUCGAUCCCUGGUCUAUCGUUUUGCUGUUUCGG